AUGAACUAUCCCAUUGUCAGUAGUAAAUAUACUAUUAAAAGAGAAUUAGAAUGUUUGAAUGAAUUUAUGUCUUAUGGACAAUGCUUGGAUGGUCAAUCUGAAUGGGUUUCAGUCGUAUCACAUGGCAUUGAUGGUUUUGUAGAAAAAUAUGAAGAAUCUUAUAGAAUUUUAAUUAACAAUGGAAUUCCUUAUAGAUAUCGCAAAUUAUUUUGGCCACAAAUGCUAAAGUUUGACACUAAUAUUGAUUAUAAGAUGCUUGCACAGUGUGAGCAUGAGUAUUCUGAAACAAUAAAAUUAGAUGUUCCCAGAACUUUUGUAAACCUGCCAUUCAUAUCAUCUGAUUCAAAGCAAAAACUAUAUCGCAUACUAAAUGCUUUUUCUGGUUGUAAAAAGGAUAUUGGUUAUUAUCAAGGAAUGAAUUAUAUUGCUGGGACUAUUCUUCUAGUGUAUAAUUUGGAGGAGAAAGAAUCGUUUGAUUCUUUCCUUGGAAUCAUGCUCAAAUUUAAUUUACUCGACUUGUAUAAAGAUAAUUUCACUUUACUUCUAAAAUAUAUUUCAAAAUUCAAUUAUAUGUUGAAAAUCCUUAAUCCAAAUCUUACAAAGUAUUUUGAUGACAAUGGCAUUGAUUUUUCAAUAUAUUUACAACAAUGGUUUUUGACACUUUUUGUAGUAAAUUUUCCGAUAAGAACUGUGUUGAUACUUUGGGAUUACAUUUUGGGCAAUGGAAUUGAGAGCAUACUGGAUAUAUCCCUUUCCAUUUUAUCGAUAUUAGAAUCGCAAAUUUUACAGCUUGACAUGGAGGGAUUUGCAUCUCUGUUUAGAUCAUUAAAGGAAAACAACACGUAUGAUGAUUAUAAAAUGGCCUUGUUUAUCGUAAAACAUGCGAUAAAUGUAUCUAAGAGGACUGAAACAUUGAAAUUAAGAUUAAAAUCAUAA